UGUCCGGGUUAGCUUACACGUAUUUCGACUGAUCUUGGGCUCUUGGAAGACCAAUUACACCGCCCAUUUGUAGGGGUUCCAAUUAAAGUCUAUAUUGGUUUGGACUAGGCCCAAAAAAAUUGAUAACAAGAGAUUUCGAACCUGAGAUCUUUAGAAUGAGCAAAUCCUUAAGUCAUAGGCCUUGAAAACUAGGCCAAUUCCUUGGGUGGGGUAUAAUAGUACGAUAUUAGAUCAUGUGUGUGCGCGUUUGUGUCUUCUCUUCUUCUAAGUUCUACAUGCACUUCCCCUCGGUAGUUAGCAAUAGUAGAAUAGUAUAAUCUCAACUACUCUUUCUAUUGGUGGGCUCCGCCUUGUGGAAGGAAGGGCAUGGAUAGCAUUGUUCUGGAAAGAUCAGAGACUCUACGAGCCACCGGAGCGGCCAUCGGUAUUCAAUCCAACGGUUGGCGCGCACUUGAUCAGCUUGGUGUGGGCUUCAAGCUUAGACAAACGGCCAUCCCUAUUCUCCGGUUUCGAGAUGUCUCAACAAACAACACAACCCUAAAAGAAACACCAGUCGGGAAUUUAGAAGCUCGAUGCCUCAAACGGAGUAUUCUCACAGAAACCCUAGCAAACGAUCUUCCAGUUGGGACAAUACGUUUUGGUUCUCAUAUAACUGCACUGCAAAUGGAUCCAACUACCUUACAGCCAAUCCUUCACCUCCAUGAUGGAAGCGUCAUUAGGGCAAAGAUUGUGAUAGGAUGUGAUGGUGUAAACUCAGUGAUUGCCAAUUACGUUGGGUUGAAGCCUCCAACGCAGUCGUCAAUCACCAACGUGAGGGCCUUUACAAAUUAUCUAAAUGGACAUGGUUUUGGACCUGAAUUUGUUACGAUGAAGGAAGGCAAUCUUUUGCUUGGACGAAUUCCCAUCGAUCACAAGCUUGUAUAUUGGUUUGUAGCUCGUGCACAGACACCUCAAGAUUUAACCAUUUCAAAUGACGCACAAAUGAUCAGAUGGUCAGCACUAGAGUCAGUUGACGGAUUUCCAAGAGAAAUGGUCGAGAUGAUUGAGAAAUGCGAUGUUGAUUCGUUGACACUGAAUGGCACCAGAUACCGAGCCCCAUGGGAGUUACUCAACCCAACAUUCAGAAAAGGAACAGUGACAGUUGCUGGAGAUGCCAUGCAUGUAAUGGGUCCAUUUCUUGGACAGGGAGGCUCUAUCGCAUUAGAAGAUGCUGUUGUCUUAGCUAGAUGCUUAGCGCGUGUUCAUCAUGGUCACGAUAAUAACGGAGAAAAUACUGGUAAUGAUAGUACAAGCAUAGAAUUGGCAAUCGAUGAAUACGUGAGGCAACGGAGAAUUAGGCUAAUGCAAGUUUCUACAAAAACUUAUACACUUGGGUCCCUGCUUGAGACUUCGUCCUUGUUUGUGAAACUUGUCUGCAUUAUCGUGAUGAUUGUCUUCUACCGUGACCGACUUGGUCAUAGCCGUUAUGAUUGUGGCCACCUCUAGAUAUUUUUAUACCUGUGUCACCAGAAUGUUUAGAUUCACUUGUAAUGCAAACUUUGGUCAUACCCGUUAUGAUUGGUAGUUAUACUUCACUUCGUUAUGUA